AGAAUGUUUUAUCAAAAGUUUAAAAACGAAUCAAAUGGAGCUUCAACCUCAUCACACUCCCAUCUUCCGACUCUUCCUGAGAGUGCAGAGAAUGAUGUUUCUCACUCAGAAGGUUUGGAAUUUGGAGAGAUGAACUCUGCUGAGUACACAAGUUCUAGUUAUAUUUCGUUUGGUGAACCCGUGUUUACAACAAACAUUCUUGUCAAUCAGCCUAAUUGCAUUGACCAAUCGGUAAUGGAAGCAUCUCAAAAUUUUAACACUUUCAAUUACCCUGUGUUUAAAAAAUACGGAUAUUAUAUCGACGGCGUUUAUUACACAAUGGUAAAAAAAGGAUCAACGCGACAACGAGUAAAAUGUUUGUAUCGCCGAGGAAUUCCACGUUUGGAAACAAUUAAAGAAGAGCCAGAAAAAGAAGAUCAUCAUAAUGCCGAUAAAAGAGAUCAAACAAAUCUGAAAAAUGACACAAAAGUUUAAAUAGUAUCAAAAAUCUACCUUCUUUUCUAUUUUCCAUCAACCUGACAUGUGUAAAACAAUGUACCGUAUAUUUUUUAUUAGUGCGGCACCCUAACUGGCCUUCCGAAAAUUAAUGCGGCACCUUUUUUUUGUUGCGAAAGCCAUCUCGAAUAUUCGAUUACUUCAAUGAUAUUCUUAUUCAUCCUUUAAAAAUUUCAUAUAAAUUUCCAUUUGAACGUUGUAUUUUAAUGUCUUUGUGAGGCAAAAUACACAAUUUUCAUGAAUUUUUGUUUUUUUUUUUGCCGCAUGCCGCACUAAUAGAGAAUAUACGGUAACUAAAAGUUUGUUUUGGGUUAUAAUUGUUUUUUUUAAUUUUAUUUUCAAAUUUUUAAGUUUAUCAUGUUGUUUUUAUGUUCUUUAUAUAUUUUCUCUAUAUCCCUGAAUACUCCACGAUCUAAAAAAAGAAUAAGAUCAUAAAAGC